AAAUUCCCCCACCUUCAGGUUUCCUGUCUAGCCAGAUCCUAAAACCAAAACCUUCUAUUUUCCGGGGCUCCAAAUUUAUUUAUCUUUCCCUCAGUAUAACCUUUCCUUUCUGAUCAAUCUCCCCCGGCCGGCCUGGUCGUCCUCUGCUCUCCACGGCCACCACCACCAACCAUUACGCCGGGGGUGUGAGCCAGAUCAUCAGCCACAUGAUCAUCAUGAGCCACUUUUCCUCAGCCCUUCAGUACUGGCUCGUUAACCACCCAAUCAUCUUCCACUUCUCAUGGACCCAGGGUCAAACCCUUGGCUCCUCUCCUCUCUUCCUCACCCUCACUGUCCUCUCUUACCUCUUCCUCACCUUCCUUCUAUCCCACCUCCCUCUCCCACCCAUCAGGCCGGGCCUCCUCAAAUCAAUCACUGCCGUCCAUAACCUCGUCCUCCUCGUCUUCUCCCUCAUCAUGGCCCUUGGUUGCAGCGUCUCCACCCUCUCCUACGCACCUCACUUGCUCUGGGUCAUUUGCCUUCCCCCUAAAACCCCACCGAACGGGCCCCUCUUUUUCUGGGCGUACAUGUUCUACCUUUCCAAGAUAUUAGAAUUCGUAGACACCCUUUUGAUCAUCGUGAGUAACUCGACCAGGAGACUCACUUUUCUCCACGUUUACCACCACGCAGCCGUCGUGAUCAUGUGCUACAUAUGGCUACAAACGUCGCAGUCCAUGUUUCCACUGGUGCUCGUGACCAACGCGUCGGUGCAUGUGCUGAUGUACACCUACUACUUGUGUUGUGCACUCGGGGUGCGCCCCAGAUGGAAGCGGCUGCUCACGGAGUGUCAAAUUGCGCAGUUUUUGUCUAGCUUUGUGGUUCUGGGUAUGAUGCUGUAUUACCAUUUCACCGGGUCAGGCUGCAGCGGUGUCUGGGGCUGGUGCUUCAAUACGGUCUUCUACUCUUCGCUUUUGGCUCUCUUCCUAGACUUCCAUGCAAAGAAUUAUGCCAACUCGAAGAGAGAUUAAAACGUACUUGUGGUCGUAAUUAAUUAGCAUGAAGAUCUUCAUUGCCUUAUAAAUUUGUCUUGGUUACGUAUAAUAUUCUAUAUCAUUCAUAUAAGAUAGCGGCGGCCAAGAUUGAUUAAUUAUUAAUUGAUGUAAGACUAUUUGGAGAGCA